UAUAGGGACCGAGCCCUAACUGUAGAGGCAGCACACUUGUCGGAAGUGGCGCGCUCUGGUGUUUAAUAAAAGCAAAAAACGGGUAAAAAGUGUGAUAAUAGAUUAUGUAUUUUUUUGUUAAUAAUGGAAAAAAUAAUAAAAUAUGGUUUUCAACCAAUAAAAAAUACUCUUAUUCGAGGUCAAAACGAUACAAAAGGUAAAAAAUUACAUGAGUCUGGGCAUGUUUUUGAUGUGAUUGAGAAAAAAUUAUUAAAUGGUCUAGUAACCAUAACCGCUGAUGUUGUUGCUCAGACAAGUGUGUCUAAAACAUAUAAUGUUAAAAUUACACUAGAUGAUCAGCGCAAUACAAGUAAUGCUGURUGUACGUGCAAAGCCGGAUUAGCUGGCAAAUGUAAACAUAUUUGUGCUGUCGYUUAUUACGUAAACUCACCAGAUUCUGCUGAUUCAAAAACAAACCAUGGUCAAGAAUGGGGAAAACCAUCUCGUCGCCAGCUCUUGGAGUAUGAAAAAGRAGUAAAAAUAAGUAAAUUAUUUACUCCACCUCCUUACACCGAUAAGAAUCCGAAAGUGGUACCACUAAAGUUGGAAUCACUCGUCUUUCCAGAGGAUAUGUCCGGGUGUCCUCUUUGUACAAUGAUAAACGUAGAUAAAAGAGAUGAGAGKRAAAUUAUUGCAGCUGAAUCACUUGCUGCUUUAGUAAAAGUAAAUGAUAAGCGUGAUGUAGAAACAAAGGUGAAUAACGUUAUCCAGGAAGUGAUUCAGCUGCAAUUGGUGAAUAAGAUUUAUUCUCGAGAAAAUUCAGUAGCAAGUGAUGUUUAUGAAUUUUAUUUGAAAGAAGUUAGUUGUGAUAGUACAAAAAUUAUCAAUAUUUGCAUUAAAACUAUUCUCCAGUCUAAGAUAGACGAGURGUACAAACAGCGUAUCUUCCGAAUAACAGCAAGUAAUGGUCAUAAGUUAAAAGGGGAUCGUUUUGAUAUUGAAAAAGCAAUCACUAACCUAUUAACACCAAGUAAAGCUGAGACACAAGCCAUGGCGUAUGGUAAGAAAAUGGAAAGUGUAGCUUUAAAAGAAUACAAAANAAUUUCACUGGCAUAUCGACUUGCCACUUAUGACGAGAUUUUUCUGUGCAUCCUUUGA